AGUUAGAUCCCUUGUAAAAGUUAGCGCCAUUUGCAACGUAGUAAUUGUGUCAGUUGAUACCGGAUAAACACUUAAGAAAUCUUGAUGUGAUUCCAGCUAGCAGUACAGUCUUGAUGUGAUUCCAGCUAAAAGUACAAUGGCACAUACCUGCAGCAUUGUCAAGCAGUUGCACAGUCCCAUUUACCAAGACAGUUGUUCGUUAUUUAGCACUAAAGACGUUUUCAGAUGUGGAGGAUGUAACCUACAGUUUGACACAAUAUGCACACUCCAUGACCACGUACAGACACAUUCAGGUGGAGGAUCAUACUAUUACAGCCACACAAUAAAAGCUGCAUUUCCAAAAUACGACUCAUCAUGUAGAUCAACACAAACAGAUGAUAUUGCUGAAUUUCAACAUUCAGAGAUGGACCAGCUGAUAGGUAUUAAAAAAGAUGUAGACUAUGAAAAGGAACAUUUGUCUAAUGGAGAAGGUGGGAGUAACCUUAUGCCAUUAUCAAAGAAAAAAGCAGCCAAAGGAAAGCAUAAAGGUUCAUGUCAUCAAACUGACCCAAAGAGAAUUGAUGAAAAAUGCACUGAAACUAAUCAAGUUGCAUGUGUUUCUAAAACAAAAAGUAAAGAAACACCAAAUAUUACACAUGAGAAGGAUAAAACACUCAAAAUGUUCACUACAGACACUUACUUUACUGAUGCUGAUAAUGAUGAUACUGAUGCUGAUGAUUAUAUUGAAACAAAUGAUGGUUUAUUUGAAAGAGUUGAAGAAAAUAUGAAAGAGAAAUCUGUUGAAAGUACUCACUUGAAAGAUGAUGAUGAUGAUUAUGAUUAUGAUGUUGAAAGUAACAAUGACUUAGUUGAUGAAGUUGAAGAGAAUGUAUUAGAGAAAUCUGUUGAAAAUGAUGUAAAUUAUCAAUCUGCUGACAUACAGACAGGUAGUUUACAGAAUGAUACCUCAGGAUCUGUGGGAGUAAAAGUGGAACAGGAUGUCAUAAUAGACUUGAAGAGUACAAAUAUAAAACCUAAGUAUAAGUGUGAAUUAUGUGGUGCAAAGUUCAAAUGUAAAUUAAGUCUACAUAUUCAUUCUGUAGAACAUCAUCAGCAAGGGGACUCUGCAUUAAAAUGUCAGCAGUGUGACUUAGUUUUUGCAUUCAGGAACAGAUUAGUUAAUCAUAUGCAGAUCAGACAUAAGGUUGCUGUCACUAAAGACUCGAGGCAGAAGGGGAUACAAAAACGUGCACGCAAACUUAAGAGACGGAACAAAUCAUGGCCAUGUGAUUCCUGCGAUAAAGUUUAUUCCACUGAAAGUGGGUUGUACUUUCAUAAGCAAGGGAAGCAUUCUGGGGAAAAAUUUGAGUGUAAACUCUGUAAUGCGGAAUAUAGUUUUAAGCAUACAUUGAGGUCGCAUUUGAUUGAAGUACAUAAUUUAGGGAAGGAGGGGCAUCAGUGCAAGGAAUGUGGGAAAGUUUUUGCAUAUCUGUCAAGGCUUGUGCACCAUCAGAAAGUUAAACACCCUACUGAAGAUGAUUUUAAAGAAUGUUUUGUUUGUGAAUUUUGCGGGAAGGAGUUUUUGGUGAAAAGUAGGCUACGUGAGCACUUGCGUGACAGUUGUAUAAAUCACGAACGCAAAUACCAGUGCCCCCAUUGUCCAUAUCUAUCUUUUACGAAAACUUGUUUGCGUGAACACAUAAAUAAUAUGCACUCUACUGAAAGUAAACACAUGUGCCACAUAUGUGGUCAAGUGUUCAGAAAUGGACAUAGUUUAUAUAUACAUCGUGUUGUGCAUUCGGAAGAAAGAAAUUUCCUUUGCAAAACUUGUGAUAAAACAUUUAAGACGGAUAACCAGUUAAAAAGACAUGUUAAAAUACAUGAAAAUCGUAAAGUUUUCAAGUGCCACGUUUGUGACAAGGGUUUUGUACAAAGUAAUAAUCUUAAAGCACAUAUGCGACAACAUACUGGUGAAAAACCGUUCAAAUGCGACUGGUGCGAACAGAAGUUUACACACAAUGUCAGUCGUAAAAAUCACAUGUCUAAAUGUGAGGCUAAACUUUGUUAGGGGAAGAUUUUAUAAAUUAUUUGAUGCAUGUUUGAUAUUUUUACUAUGAUAUGCCUAAGUGUGGGUUUCUGUUAGAACAAGUUUGUUCUAGCAACAACAACAAAUUUAUUAGAGAUACUGUGAGAUUUUCAAGAUUUAUGUUCUUUUAAUGGUUCAUAGAUUUUAAAAAAACCUGGAACUGGUUAAAUAAAACAGAAUGUGCACAUCAAAAUAUUUUGUAUUUUUCUUGUUAAAAUAAAGCAGGAACCAUGUUGCUUUUUAUACUCCCGAAGGGAGGUAUUAUUAUAUGAUGCUGGUGUCCGUCUGUCUGUCCAUAUGUCUAUUAGCAAUUCUCUAUCCGCUCUGUAACUCUUGAACCCCUUGAAGGAUAUCGGAGAAAUUUUACACAGAUGUUCACCUUGUCAAGACGACGUGCAGAGCACGUUUUGGAUGGCUCACUUCAAGGUCAAGGUCACAAUUGGGGCUCAAAGGUCAAAUAACUUUGUUUCGUGUCCACGCUGUAACUCUUGAACUGCUUGAAGGAUUUUAAAGAAACUUGGCACAAAUGAGACAACAUGCAGAGCUGUAGUACUAUGGCACAGACUGCUCAAUUUUGAGCUCGUCUGAAUCAAACACUCACAGUCAGUAAUUAGUACAGAUGAAUAGUCUGGCAUCAAACCUCAAUUUUGAGUACAGUCUUCCAGUCUUAAACUACUGGUCAUAUUUAUGCCCCCUUUUGAAGAAGGAGGAGCAUAUUGUUUUGCAGAUGUUGGUCAGUAUGUACCAGUAGACCAAUUCUUUUCCGGAUUAUAACUCCAGAACACUUGGGUCAUAAAAGUUGAUAGCAAGAUUGGUCAUAACCAGCAGAUGACCCUUAUUGACUUUGAUUUCAGUAGGUCAAAGGUCAGGGUCACAAUGACCUGUUACAAUUGAACGGUUUCUGGAUGGUAACUCAAGAACGCUUGGGCCUAGGGUCAUGAAAGUUAAUGGGGAGGUUAUCAUGACCAGCAGAUGACCCCUAUUGAUUUUGAGGUAAAAGUCACAGUGACCCGGAACAGUUAAACCCUUUCCUGGCGAUAACUUGAGAAUGAAUGGGCCUAGGAUCAGGAAACUUUUUAGGGGGGUUUAUCAUGACCAGCUGGUAACCUGUCAAUGGUCAAGGUCACAUUGACCCAGAACAGUAGAACUUUUAUGACCAAAUUAUUUCUGUUCCUUGUGCAAUUUACUGAAUGCAUCUGGGUGGGGAGUGCAUUUCAUGUUCUACGAGCUCUUGUUGCAUAUAACGUGGUCGGUAUCAUUGUAGCAGUUGGUCAAAAGAGCUAAGAAAAAUGUAACAACUUCUUCUCAUGAACUACUGGAUGGGUCAUCACCAGACUUGCUCUGUAGCAUUCUUGCAUUGAUCUCUCUCAGUUUUGUUCAAAUGAAAUCAUUUGACACCUUUUAGGGGUCGUCAGAACUAAAAUAAAAAAACUUUUAAUCAACUUCUUAUGAAUCACUCCAUGGAUUUUCACCAAACUUUGAAUGUAGCACACCUGUUUUGUUCAGAUUGUAAAAAAGAUUAUCUAGUCAUUGUGCAGACUCUUCCAUGUUUUCUCUGAAUGUUAUAUGAAUACUGCAUUUCAAAGAGGUUGAUAUGAAAGAUUUUCGCAACAGGAAAAUAUCGAUAUCACACUAUGGUUAAUAGUCAUAUUUCAAGAGGUGAACAUUUUUAUGCCCCCAAAAUGAGGCAUAUUAGUUUUCAACUGUCCGUCCAUUCGUUCAUUAGUUCAUCACAACGUUAACUUCUUGCAUGAAGGCACUUUACUCGCGAACCACUGCACCCAGGACCUUCAGACUUCACAUGCUGAUAGUACUUAUUGAGUACACGAUCCCUACUGACUUUGGGGGUCACCAGGUCAAAGGUCAAGGCGCUGCGGGGGCAUUUGUCGUUAUUAGUGACAGCUCUUGUUCAUAUCACAUUCUCAAAAUUGCAAUAUUUCUUUCAUUGUGCUAAAAAUGUUACAAGUCAAAACAUUUUUUUUAAUCCACCACAGUGGAUUAAAUGAUUUACCAUUAUUUAAAUAAAUUCUAAAUCUUGCUUAGAAUUCUUUAUGUGAGGAAGUCAUCCAUCCAGCUUAAGGAAUGUCAGUGGUUCUACCAAAGAGACUGCCUCUGUUUGAAGAGGGGCACCUGGGAAAUGUUGUAAAAGUUGCCAUAUGACCUAAAGUAUGGAGUUCUCUAACAGCCUCAAUAGCCUAGUGGUAGAGGGUCCGCUUUGAGUGUGGGAGGUCCUGGGUUCA